AAACCAAAGGAACGACAACUAAAUCAACAAGAGGAACUACAAAAACUCAGCCUAUCGUUAUUCCUAAAGCAUCACAAUUCUGAAAAGCACUAUAAUCAUCAUAUAUGUCAUGUCAUCGUUCAAUCAUCUUUCCCACAGUCUUCUACGCCACAAUCAACUAAUCUAUCGAAAUAUACGAUGUUUGUGGUUGAUAGAAAUAAAUCAUCAAGUGAUCCUUCUGUGUCAUCUAAAACCUAUAAAACUACCACACUUGAGAUUUAUUCUCAUGAACCACUAAACAAACACUACUUAUCAACCAGUUUCUUUCAUAUGGAUAACAACGAAAAGGGAAUGCAAAAAGGUAAGGAAGUUUCACCUGAAAUGAUUCCAUUACCUGAGACUCCUCUUCCAAUUAGAACACCUGUAAAAACAAAAUUUACACCUGAACAAAAAGAAGCACCGCUUUUUGAAGUUGAAGAACAGUCAAAUAUUGAACCAGACAUUCAAUCAAAAAAAGUGGGUGCAACCGCAGAUAUACCCAUAAGUACUAACAUUUCUAAACCACCAGGUAAUUCUGAAGAGGGGACUUUUAACUCUGAAAAAGGAGAACAUGAAGAAGGAUCUGAAAAAGAAAGAUCGAUUAUUCCUCCGAUCACCAAACAACUUCCAAAGAUCGAAGUAUCAUCGAUAAAAAACAUCUGGUCCAACAACCUGUUCCUUCGUAUCCUAGUUUACAUUAUAGCCGCAUUCUCCUCAAUACCUGUACUUACGCUUCUUGGAUGGACAGUUGUCACGGCCACAAUUAUUAUUGGAAUCGCCGGGAUUGGAAUCGCCAUCGCUGAGUCAUGUGCUUUGGGAUGCGGUAGUUGCGUCUGUUUUCCAGUGUUUGGUGUGUUGAUAUUUGUCGCUUUUCUUAGCGCGUUGCUGGGUGGAUUAGGUUACUGUAGUUACUCUCUUCUUUUAAGUCUGUUAGCUUUCACAGGGUUUAGCCUAGGAAAAAAUGCACGUGAGCGAAGCGAGUUUCUAUCUCAAUUAUCUUAUGAGAACAAAUUUAGCAGUGGUUAA